CAGUGAAGGCAGCGGCUUGCCGGGUUCAGAGCCCCUCACCGUAUGCCCUUCACGUUAUGCAUCACCGAGUGAUGUCCUCGGUGCCGCGAUGCUCUGCAGACAGUCGCUUCCACAAAAACUUGAAUGCCCUUGAUGGACACGCAGUGCAGGACCCCGUCUGAUGCAGCAGUUUCCGAACACCUUGAGAUGAUAUGAGGACAGAAUUUCUCCAGCUGGUACCGGUGGCCUGCCUGCUCCCUGACACCAAUUGGUACCGGCGGCCUGCCCGCUCCCUGACACCAAUUGGUACCGGCGGCCUGCCCGCUCCCUGACACCAGCUGGUACCGGCGGCCUGCCUGCUCCCUGAUACAGAAUCUGCCACAUCCACCCCAUCAUGCCAUCUUUACCUGAUCGGCAGCCGCGGCCCGGCCUCCCCCUAAGCACAGGCCUGCCGUACGCACCGUCACCCAAUAAGAGGAAAGUGCGGAAGAAGAAGAAAGGGAUUAUCACGGCCAACGUGGCAGCCACCAAGUAUGAGAUCGUUCGUGUGGUCGUAGAAGAAAUGUCAUUCGAGAAAUCGCGUGAUGAGGAUGAAACCGCAAACCUUAUCUGGAGUGACUGCGCGGUACAACACGAGAAGAUUGCCGAGCUCAGAAAUUAUCAGAGAAUAAACCAUUUUCCCGGCAUGGGUGAGAUCUGCAGGAAGGAUUGCUUAGCGAGAAAUAUGACCAAAAUGAUUAAGUGUCAGCCUCAGGAAUAUAGCUUCAUUCCCCGAACCUGGAUAUUUCCGGCCGAAUACACCCAGUUCCAGAACUACGUCAAAGAGCUGAAGAAAAAGCGGAGACAGAAAACAUUUAUCAUCAAACCAGCGAAUGGCGCAAUGGGCCACGGAAUCUCUCUGACGCGGAGCGGGGAGAAGCUGCAUGCGCAGGAUCACCUGAUCGUCCAGGAGUACAUCGACAAGCCCUUCCUGAUGGAGGGUUACAAGUUUGACCUCCGCAUCUACGUUCUAAUGACUUCCUGCGACCCGCUCCGGAUAUUUCUCUAUAACGACGGGCUCGUUCGGAUGGGCACAGAGACGUACCACACGCCCUGCGAGUCUAACCUGGACAAGCUGUACAUGCACCUGACCAACUACUCCGUCAACAAACACAACGAGAACUUUGAGCGGGACGAGACGGAGAACCGCGGCAGCAAGAGGUCCAUCCGAUGGUUCACAGAAUUCCUGAGAUCCAACGACCACGACGUGGCCAAGUUCUGGAGCGACAUUUCUGAUUUAGUGGUAAAGACGGUGAUUGUAGCCGAGCCGCACGUUCUCCACGCGUACCGCAUGUGCCGCCCCGGUCAGCAUCCCACCGGCGACAGCGUCUGUUUCGAAGUUUUAGGAUUUGACAUUAUUUUGGACCGGAAGCUGAAGCCGUGGCUCCUGGAGAUUAAUCGCGCCCCCAGCUUCGGGACGGACCAGAAGAUCGACCGCGACAUCAAGAAGGGGGUCCUGCUGAACGCCUUCAAACUUCUCAACAUCCGAGCUAGUGAUAAAAAGAAAAAUUUAGCCAAACAGAAAGCCGAAGCCCAGAAGAGACUCUAUGGCCAGGGCUCCAUGAAGAGACUGUCCCCGGGAUCCAGCGACUGGGAGCGGCAGCGCCACACGCUGGAGCGGAGGAAAGAGGAGCUGAAGGAGAGACUCGCGCAAGUGCGGAAACAGAUCUCCAGGGAAGAGUAUGAAAACCGGCACAUGGGCAAUUACAGGAGAAUCUACCCACCGGAUGAUAAGCUGCUUCUAGAGAAAUAUGAAGGUCUUCUGGCCUCCGCCUUCCAGACGUUCCUCGCCGGACGCGCCGCCUCCCUCCAGAGAGAGAUUAAUAACCCCCUGAAAAGGAUGAAGGAGGAAGACAUCUUGGAUCUUCUGGAGCAGUGUGAGCUGGAUGACGAAAAAUUGGCGGGAAAACAAACGAGACAAAGAGAACCGCGGACCCUCUUGUCCAUGCCGGAAAGUACUCAGACUGUGCAGAAACAGGAUAGUGACAGCAGUGAGAGCGCCAGCGGCUCCGGAAGUGGAUCGGAUAGCGAACACGAGGAGGAAAAACAGGAGAACGCGAGCCACGUCUCCCACGAUCCCGAGGAAAGCAAGUUUAACUCGCUAGAAAGAUCCAGUAGAAUUCACUUUAAGCCGCCUGUAAAAUCCGGGCCGUCGUCCUUCUCGUCGUUUCCGGUGUCCUCCGCGCCGAUCCGCCGCUCAGUGAGCUGCCCCCGGUCCAUCACCGCCCUGCAGUCUCCGGCUCUGGAGCCGCGGCCGAUCUCCUCCAAACCCUCGUCCCAGAGACCGGCGUCCGGAAACAGACCAAGUUCCUUCAAUCGCAGCUCAUCGUCCCACCGCGUCCCGCCGGCCGCUCCGUGCCCAUCCGCGAACGAGUCCAGAUUCCAUCACUUAACGAAGGAGCAGGAAGAGGAAAUGAUAAAGCAGACGCUGGCCGUCCUGCGAGAUAUGAGGGUCCGAUAUCCAGGGAAUGCUGACGAGGAGACCUACUCUGUGAUAGACGAGAUAAUGGAUAACUGGCGAUAUCACAAACCCAAGGUGGCCUCUUACUGGUUGAUCAAACUGGAUUCAGCAAUGCAGAGGAAGAUUUUGGACGUGGUGAGAGGGAGCGUCCGCUCUGCUGUGCAGCGGAUCUGGAAGGUGUCGGACGUGGAAUCUUUGCCCGUUUAUCGCAGCUUUAACCGCGUCUUCAACCGCUUGCUCUGGAGCCACGGGCAGGGCCUGUGGAGCUGUUUCUGUAACUCGGGCUCCUCCUGGGAAGUCAUGUUCACGAGAAGCCCCGACCCCACCGGCCCCGAGCAGCUCCGGUGUUGCCAGCGACUGGUUCAGCUCUGCAAGGAAUGUCUGCUCGUGGCCUACAGAUACGCGACGGACCCCAGGGGGUCAUCUGGCGGGAUGAGCCGAGAUUGGGACGACACCAGAUGUUUCCUGCCCGUGGUGCCGCAUUUCACCCUGAAAACCUCAUCUUCCAGCAUUAAUUGCCCCCCGUCCGGAUUGCCCCGCUCCAGCGUUCUGUUUACCCCGCGAUUCAGCCCCUUCUGAACGCCGAGGAUCUGGCGCUGACUCUUUCUCAUGGUGCUAAGCACAGCUCCGGCGGAUUUAACUCUUUAAACCCAAUAAAGUGCGACUCUUACCGGAGACGCCAACGCA